AUGCGCAUCAAGCGGCCCGGAGGCUCGUGCCGCUGGCAUCCUGCGCUGCGGCAACAGGGCUCGGCCGCGGACCCGCUCUUGCAGUGCCACACGCCCGCCCUCACCACGGACGCACUCCCACCCACACGUGAUGCGCACAGGGGCGCCUGCGCGAAAAGCUACGGCUGCGCCGGCGGGGCCGUAGCCGCGGUCGACUGCUGCCUCAACGCUGACGGCUGCCUCACAGGCCUCACGCUGCGGUACUCCUCCGCGGGCGCCGCGCCGCUCGCCGCGACGUGCGACGGCGCCGCCGACGCCUGCAACGCGGCCAGCGGCAGCAUGCGGGUGACCUUGGACGGCGAGCUGAUCUCAAACGUCACCGUCGAGACCAAAAAGUGGGGAAGCAGGCGCUGCGUCGCCGCGCUCACGAUGGUCACCCGCAGCGGCGCGCUCAAGCGCUCGCCGGCCGGGCGAGCUGGCGCUCACGCCGCCGAGAAGCUGCAGGCAGCAGCCGCGUCGCCCCCGCCGGCCCUGACGCACCGCUCCCUGAGCAGCGACAGCACCGCCGCGGAGGCCGAGGCGAUGGCGUACUUGAAGUCCGUCGCAAAGUCCUCGGGAACCUCAAAACCUUGGAGCCACAGGCCCUUGUUGGUGCUGCUUUUGACGAGG